GGCGGGUCGCUGUCGCCGGCGGGUGGUUUGAAAUGGAGGUGGCGGCGCCGUGGGGUGGCCGCUGCGGCUGAGGGCCGGGAUGGCCACCAAGCGUUUGGCCAGGCAGCUGGGGCUGGCGCGGAGCAGAGCUCGGGCGCGGAGCAGCACGCGGGCGGCGCGGCAGCGGUUCGGGUACCUGAUCGUCAUCGACUUCGAGGCCACGUGCUGGCGGGACGCGGGGCGGCGCGCGCCCGAGAUCGUCGAAUUCCCAGCAGUCCUGUUAAACACAUCAACAGGAGAGAUUGAAUCUGAAUUCCACACCUACGUCCAGCCCCAGGAGCAUCCUGUUCUCUCUGAAUUUUGCACAGAACUGACUGGCAUAACACAGAAUCAGGUUGAUGAAGGGGUCCCCCUAAGCAUUUGUUUAUCACAGUUUUUGAAAUGGAUUCAAAAGAUAAAAAUGGAGAAGAAAAUUGUAUUCGGUACAGAUAUCCUCAGCAAUUCUACUUCAGAAGCAAAACCAUGUACCUUUGUUACUUGGACAGACUGGGACCUGGGUGUGUGUUUGCAUUAUGAGUGUAAAAGGAAGCAGCUGCGAAAACCUGACAUUUUAAAUUCCUGGAUUGAUCUCAAAGCAACGUACAGGGUCUUUUAUAACAGAAAGCCUAAAGGGCUAAAUGGUGCUUUGCAGGAUUUGGGGAUAGCUUUUACAGGACGGGAACAUUCUGGGUUGGAUGAUUCCCGGAAUACUGCCUGUCUAGCUUGGAGGCUGAUCUGUGACGGAUGUGUGCUGAAGGUUACCAAAUCUUUGGAUAAGGCACGUCUGAAAAAUGACUUUAUUUCCAGAACACUGACUAUAAACUCCACUGACAAGACUCCGCUGGGAAGUAAAAGCAGACCUGAAGCAUCUAGAGAUGGAAUUUGCAAAACAAACUCUCUGGCUGAGAAAAACCAUAACAGUAUUGCUGGAAUUAAGAUAAAUUCUACUGUACAAACUGAGGAACAACAGACCACUUGCAUCGAUUCCUCUGCAGCUGUCCUCUUUGUACCUACCAGCAACUCAAGGCUUGAAUUACCUGCUCAGUCCCAAAGCUCUUCAGCCAUAUGUACUGACAGAUUUCCUGUUCCUCUUGAGCAGGCACAGCAAAAUCCCAGCACUGUAUCAACAGGCAUUCCACAAGGACUGAACAAUGGGCAACCUCUGAGUACAGCCAGAUACAGCCUUCCAGAACAUGGAUCAGGAUUAGUGCUUGUCUCCACUACGAUCUCCUCAAUCAAUAUUUCCAAUGAGGAUACCAGUACUAGUUCUGAUUGCUUAUCUCUGCUGACUGACUGGGAAGAUGUUGCUUUAAUACCAGCAUCUCAGUAUGAACAGAAUUCAGACUGUGUUCAAUUUGAAGAUGACUCCAGUACAGAUCUUUUACCAAUGUCUGAAGAAAGAAUAAUUUUGAAACCAUCAGCUGUAAUGAGUUCAGCUAAUCAAAGUUUGCAGAAAACUGAAGUGCCUGUGGGACCUCUGAAAUCUGUAAUUUACAAAAGUCCUGAUACUACUGUCAAUAAUGUAGGAGCAGUACAAAGGCAGACUUCAGAUUUCUCAGCUUUUAAGUUACCGUCUGCAAGGGUAAAUACUAUUUCAUCACAAUCAGCAGUAACUGGAAGUUAUUCUGCUCCUUCAGAGGUUCCUAAAAGAAAGCCAACUAGUCCAAAAAUGUUCCCACCAGCGAAAAAAGUGUCUUUUGCUAUAUAUCAAGAGAAAACUGCCUCGUUUGAUCAUUCCUUACCUUUAAGAAGUUCAAAUUUGCCUGAAGUGUCUCCUGCCAUUCUGAACUCCACUGUCAAUUUGAAUCAGUCUGUAAGAGCUGUGAAAAAUGGAAAACCAACUCCCCCUCUGUGUAAGUGUGGCAGAAGAGCUAAAAAACGGUAUGUGUCAAACGCUGGUCCAAAUCAUGGCAAAGCAUUUUUCUGUUGUCCUGUUGGCAAGCACGAAGGUAGUAAGAAAGGUUGUGGAUACUUCAAGUGGGAAUAUGCACUUCUAAAAGAGAAAUCUAAUGGUCCUGCUUGGAAUGCAGAUGCUUUGACCUCUCUCAGAAGUGUUGCUAAUAAUUCAGAAAAUUCUUCCAACAAAAAGCAUUUGUGUCUUAGGCCCUCCAUGCGAACUUAGAAAUUGGUAAAUUUUCUGGCCAAAUCUUAAACUCUAAGCUGAUCAUCCUCAGUAUAAUCAGGACAGCCAAAUGAUGUCAGAUACGUAUUCUAAGAAUGGGUCAGAAAUUACACUGCUUAGUUAACACAGAAAUGGAAAUCAAUCAAGCAUAAAAAAUACCAAUAUAUCAAAGUAUCUCUUUAGUGAUGUGUGAGAGAACAGACAAAACUAUUAAGUGCUAAAAUUAACGUAUAAACAGUUGUUGCAACAAAUCUUAAAUUUCUGUUUUAUCAAGUAUUUUAAAUACUUUAAAAUAUUCUUUAAGGUCUGGACUAGUAAUGAUAGUGUUUUGAUUUAUACUUUUUUUUCCUAAAUACACUUGUAAUGGUUAUAACUAACUUUAAAAAAUGUAUUUAGAACUUGUUGCACUUCACAAAGGGAUUCUUGAAGCAGUAAUGUUUUCUUAAACUCUUAAUGUUUUUUUAUCCUUUAAGUAACAAUAAAGAUAAAAUGCUGGUGGCAUUUCAUUAAAUACUUUAUUUACCCACCACCUUGACUCA